CUAAAACAGGUCAUGCAGUUUGGAAGUUGGGGAUUGGAAAAGGACACACACGGCAGUAGGGACAUAUAGGCCUGAACGAAAGAAGAGAACAAAUACAUGUCUUUGACUAACCAGGAUGACUGAAGGCACAGUAGCCACACGGUUUCACAACAGCAGUAGCUUUGACAGUUAACCAGCACGAGGCGAUGUCUAUAGGUUCAACAGUAGCUGUGACCACAGAAGAAGAACACUCAACUGCCGUAAAGAAGAAAGCUUUGUGACAGAAGAUAGCGAAAUCGCCAGGACCUGUCCGGCCGUUAGAGGCUGUAAACAGAGAUACACUUCACGUUGAAGGCUGUUGGUGUUUUUAAAUUGUGUGGACACAGAAUCCAGGGCAUCCAGGUUCAACUUAAGGAUUGUGGACGACAAUUUAAAGACGCUUAUUAGCGAAACAAAUCGAAACCUUUUCAAGCAUUUGAGACGCACAAAGAAAGAAAGCAGUAAACCCUUUGGAUUGAGCCAUGUCUCACCGAAGAAGCCGCAGCGCAUCCCCGGGACGUUUUUCUCGCUCCUGCAGCAGUAAUGAUCCUAGAGAUUUGGACAGACGGAUUUUUGUUGGGAAUUUGCCGACCUCCGACAUGGAAAAGAAGGAUUUGGAAGAACUGUUCAACCCGUAUGGGAAGAUAAUCGGCGUGUCCAUGUUUCGUGGGUUUGGAUUUGUACAGUUUGAACGUGUUGAGGAAGCCGAAGCUGCAAAGGCGGCCCAAAAGGGUCGACUAUAUAAAGGUUAUAAAAUAGAUGUAAAUAUGGCAGUGGAGCGACGGCAAGCUAAACCUCAAUCCCAGCAGAGUCCUCCACGAAGGGCCCCGUAUGGCAGUUAUGGGGACAAAGAGCCCCGGCCUCGGUCACGCUCACCUGUUUAUGCCCGUGAGUCUCGUGACAAUCGGGAGUCUCGGGACGGCCGUGAGUCUCGGGAUGGCCGAGACGGCCGCGAGUCCCGGGACAGCCGUGACGGGAGGGACCCGGGUAGAGAGUCCAGGCCGGGUGGCCACUCUCGUGACCAUGAUUACCGAUACCGUAGCUCAGAGAGCAGAGACAAAGACCCCAGGGGCCCGGACCCCAGAGGCCCCGACCCCAGAGGCCAGGACCCCAGAGGCCCCGACCCCAGAGGCCAGGACCCCAGAGGCCCGGACCCCAGAGGCCCCGACCCUCGGGAUCCUGCAUACAGCAGAGAUGAGUAUGACCGAUACUACCGCGGUGGCAGUGGUGCAGAAGACUUUUACCGGAGGAAAGAAGAACCCUUCAGGGACCCCUACAGAGAUCCCUGGAACGGACGCCGUGAGCCAGAGGUCGCCUCCAACCUCUCCUCAGGGGUAGAUGAUCGUGCUCGACCAGAAGAGCGUCGGCGUAAUGAAUUGUAUCGACAGUACUAUGAAGAACUUCAGCGGCGCUACGACACCGACCGCCCAGUCGACUGCUCUGUGAUUGUCGUCAACAAGGCGCAAAAUAGGGAGUAUGCUGAGACGGUCGGGCGGAAAGUUCGCGAUUCGGGCAUGGUGGUGGAUCUGAUCUUCCUCAACACAGAAGUGUCACUAACCCAAGCACUGGAGGAUGUAGGACGAGCUCGCACUCCCUUUGCCAUCAUCAUUACCCAGCAGCACCAGGUUCACCGCUCCUGCACCGUCAACAUCUUGUUCGGCACGCCGCAAGAGCAUCGAAACAUGCCAAUGCAGGACGCCAUGAUGCUGGUUUCCCACAAUUAUGACGCCUACAAAGUGGAAAACCGUGAAAAAGAACGCGAGGAGAUUGCUAGAAAAGCUGCCAAGAUGGCAGACGAUGUGUUACUCAGGGAGCCUGACGGAGAGAGUCAUCCCAUUUCUGUGCUCACCUCCAUCACACUGCUGUCUGAAAACAGAUUUGUCACUCCAGAGGAAAUGGAUAGUCUCAUUGCUUACCUGAAGGACAAAAGAGGCCGUCUGCUACGAAGUGCUGCAGACCCUCUUGCAGCUGCAGCUCCUGUAGCAGUCCAUCAUGAAGCCCCCCCCUCAGCGGUAGGACUGCCUCCUCCGUCACAUUCUACUCACACACCCCCACAGUCCAGCCACCUCGGUCUAUCGGCGGCUUCAAGCGCCGCAGCUAACCCCAUCCAUCAGCAGGAGCUGCAGGCUAAAAUCCUUAGCCUGUUCAACAGCGGCAGCGGGCUGUCAGCCGGCGUCGGAGGCCCCCCCUCCGUCUCCCAGCCGAAACCCUACAGCUCGCUCGGCCCACCUCCUUCCCUGAACCCACCGCGCCCAUCCAUGCCCGGCCCUCCUUCAGGUGCAGUCCAGGGUUAUGGAAACCUAACGGGCCGCAUGCAAGUCCCACCAGGCGGUCAAAGACCCCCCACCUCUGCUUCAGAUAUCAAUUUUGACAACCCGAGUGUACAGAAAGCGCUGGACACCCUCAUUCAGAGCGGACCAUCUCUCAACCACCUGGUGGGCGGCGCCGCCCCUCAGCAGCCGCUCCCCAGGUCUGCACCCGGCAUGGGCCCGGUCCCCCCCAUUAUGUCCAUGUACCCCCGACAUUACUGAUGGGCUGUAGUGAAAUCCGUACUCCCACCUCUCCCUGUGACACACGGAGACACAUGGAGUCUCUGUGCAGUGAGUUAACUGUGUAUAGUUAGAUCGUGCGGCUGAUGUUUUGUAAAAGCUUUUAAUCCAUUUUAUUUUCUUCCUUUUUUCAUUUUUCAUUUUUUUUCCUUCUGAGUUUUGUGUUUGAUUAACUUUGACGACUGUCAGAAGUAGCUCAGUCUGUAUUUCAAUUGUUAUUAUUAGCCAGGAGAUAAUUAUUCAGUCUUACAUGUGAGUUAAACUGAGGCAAAGUUGCAUGUGUAAAGUAUAUUUUGGUUUACGAUGGACUCCUUCGUUCUUUUCCAACCAUGAUUUAUUAUGUUUUAUAGUUUUGCACAGUGUCUUUUUAAUUUGUAACAUUUUCAUUGUGGAACGAUUAAAAACUCGAGACACAAUCGCUGUAAUAAAAUGGUAUUGGUUUAUUGCAUUUUGUGCUGACAAAUCUAUAAAAUGGAACGGGUAUCGCCAGAAGCCAUAGAGAUAUAAGCAUUUGAAAUGUAAGAUAAAACUACUUUUUUCUUUUUUUUUAUGUACCAUGAAACACAAUAGAGAAGAAUACAUGUCUUUUUUUGUUUUAAAUUUUAGAAUAGUUACCUUACACUGACACAAAAAAAACACCUCCACACUAACUGUAUUUGAUUUAUUUACACGUAGCCCCCUCCCACCCCCGCCCCCAGCAGUUACAAGUGCACAUGUACACACAUACACACUCCCACAGAACUGAAAGGAACACACUACGGCUUUACCAUAAGACCAGGUACAGUAUCGAGGAAGAGUAAUGAACGGUUCUGAAUGGGGGGGGGGGGGGAAAA